CUUCCGUUGCACAUCAUGUUUCACGAGACCCACAUGUUGAAAUUUUUAGGGCACGACUGCUGAUGUUCUUUUACUCCGAAGAACCUACCGAAGUACAUCGAUAUUAACAUUGAUCUCAUUAAUUUUUAUGGUUCCUAACUACACUCGGCUGCCGUGUUCUCGCUUCUCUUACUCUCCCGAUUCUCGUAUCUCAAGUCCCUGCAGCCGCUGAGAACCUAUUUUAGUGUGCAUGCUUUCCAUUACUUCCCACACACUGGCACAGGUUGCAUCACUUGCGCAAUGCGCUUGCAUCCCUUAGCUCCUUAUCUCAUCCCACCUCUCAAAAUAUGAGGCACUUCAACGUCGUCGUCCUAGGAGCCGGAGGAGUAGGGAAGUCUGCGUUGACGGUGCGAUUUGUUCAAGAUGUCUUCCUGGAGAACUAUGACCCCACGAUCGAAGAAGCUUAUCGGCGCAUCCUCGAUAUUGAUGGUGUAAAGACUUCGCUAGAUGUAUUAGAUACUGCUGGUGCUGAGCAAUUCACUUCUCUGAAAGAACUUUAUAUCAAAUCUGGCCAAGGAUUCGUGUUAGUCUUCAGCCUCACACAAGAAGCAAGUCUUAGGGAGCUGGACAAUCUUCGACAGCAGAUACACCGAGUGAAGGGAAUGGACAGCGAUGUUCCUAUCGUUGUUGUUGGGACAAAACUCGACCUCGUCACGGAACGAGAAGUGGCAAGAAGCACGAUACAAUGCCUGGUUGCGCUUUGGAAAAUACCAUUUUACGAAACAUCAGCCAAGCGCGAUUGGCACAUUAACGAUGUCUUCCAAGAACUUGUCAAGCAGAUGCUUAUGCACUACCCAGAUGAACCACCCCUCAAGAAGGCUUCACGUCGGUUACACCGCAAGCCUCGGGCCUGCAUAGUGAUGUGAUGGAUGCAGAAUAUGUGACGUUACUCACAACUUCUUGAUUUAUUAUGCCCAUCGAAGUUACUACAGGUCUGAACUUCGACUAUGAUUAUUUUCAUGCCGUUUAUGCAUUCAUUUCACAUAUAUACCCAGCACAGAUUUAUGUAUUGCCCCGGUAUCUUGUGUACUUAGCUAUGUUAGAAUUUUGAGAAGAACAUCACGUAAGCAUAUUGUUGUUUAUUUACUCCAAAUCAAACGCAUUUUUUCCAGCUCUUUGUUCC